UCCCCGAGAGGAGCCGGGAGCGGCAGCACAGCACGUUAAACCCCUCGGCCAUGCGGCUCCUGCCCCUGCUGGCCUGGGCGCUGCUUCCAGGCUGCGGGGCAGUGACGGGACCCGGAGAAGUGCGGGGACACCUGGGGGGCUCCCUGUCGGUCAACUGCACGUAUGAGCCGGGCCAGGAGAUGUUGCCGAAAUUCUGGUGCGAACCUAGUAGAAACAUAUUUUUUACCUGUGAUGACGACAUCGUCAUCACCUCGAAGUCGGAUCCCGAGGCGCGGAAGGGCCGGUUCUCCAUCCGAGACAACCGCACACACCGGGAAUUCACGGUGACCGUGGAUAAUCUGUCCAAGAAGGAUGAGGGCACCUUCCUCUGUGGGGUGCGAACGGGAAGAUUUGAGUAUGAUGAGAGUGCUGAUGUGAAGGUGAUCGUGUACCCAGCUCCUUCCACCCUCCCAUCAUCGACCUGCACCUCCACCACGUUCUCUGAUCUUACUCCCUCUGUAACAGGCCACACAGAGCCAGUUUCCCAGGGGGAAAUUGUGCAACCAACAUCAAACCCCUCCACCCCUCAAGACUUGGACAUGGUUGAGCACAUCCUCACUCCAGCCGUCAUUGUGGUUGUUUUUUUGCUUAUAGUGGCUGCUGGUGUUCUGGUAAUACUCUCCAGGAAGAAGAAGGCCCAUUCCAGCACAGACAUAGAGAUGGACAGAACUCACAGCAUGUCACCUACAGACACAGAAACCUUGAACUACGCGGCCGUUAACCACGGCAUGGCCGAGAGCCUGUACAGCAAUGCCGAGGCUGUCCACCGCCUGGAAACGCCCCCCAUGGAGUACACGGAGGUCAGGCAGAGUGCUCAGCCUUUGGAAAAGGAAAGAGAGUCAUUAUAUGCCAAAGUGCAGAAGCCUGUGCCACGGCAGGAACAGAUCUACGCCAAUGUGCCAUCAACUCAGCAGCCCAGUGAAGAGCUCUACGGCACAGUGUGGGGGACAUGAGCAAGCACCCAGCCCAAUAGGCUGCCCCUGCUGCUGGCAGCACCAACGAGGCUUGCACAGAGGACAUGGGGUUGGUGUUCUGCUCAGGCAGGAGCCAGCUCGACAGCAGAGCUGUUGCUCUCCAAGGCUUGGAUGUUCCUUUGAAGCAACACCAGAGAGGAUGAGGUGGUGUGGAGGCACA